AGAGAGAAAAAUUCAAAAGAGAGAGAAAAGCAACCUAUGGUUCACCGCUCCCCUAUUUGACAGCUCGCGAGUCGAGUCAGCCGGCCGACGACAGGGAGCCUCGCCUCCGGCGCCGCGGCGGCGAUCACCCAAUUCCACCCCCACUGCCUUCUCCUAUCUCCCCACACUACCGCUCUGUUUCCUCCACCAUCCGCUUGCGUCCACGCGCUCUCUCGUUAAGCCAUCGCUUGCGUCAACGGCCGCGCCCUCUAGUCGUUCGACGAAACGCCACCGAGCCACUGACGCGUCCGCUGCACGCGUAGUCGCGCUUCCAUCUUGCUCCGCCGCCCCGCAGCUCCUAGCCGGAGGGAGGCCACCGAUCCAUGUCUGUCGCCAAGCGCUACGUGCUGCGCCUCUUCAUCUCGCUCAAGUACGUGACGGCGAACGUGGUGGACCGGCAGAGCGGUCGCAUCGUGACGACCGCCUCGACCGCGGAGCGGCCCCUGCGAGACGGGCUGGAGUGCGGCCGCGCCUGCAACGCAAAGGCGGCGGCAGCCGUCGGCGAGGUGCUCGCCAUGCGCCUCAAGGUGGACGGCCUCGCGCGGGAGCCCAUAUACGCCAACGCGGAGAAAGAGGUCGCGAAGAAAGGGUUCAAGAACCAGACCAAGGUCUGGGCCAUCCUCAAUGCGUUGCGCAGUCACGGGGUCAACCUCCACAUCGACGACGAUGGCGACCACAGGCCGCACGUCUGAAACAACCAUAAGUUCAGGAGUUUGCUCCUCCAACUAACAAAAGCUCUCAUGGUCUGGUUGAACUCCUGAUGGUACCAAAGCCCAGGGCAUGUCAUCUUGUAAUGGUGGAGCAGAGGGCGUAGGGUGCCCACCUUGUGAACUGCUUCCGAGAACCAAUAUCAUUUUCUGCAAGCAAGUAGAGGUGUCAGUUUCAGUAUUGGAAAACAUUCUGAAUGAGGAAUCCUGGACUGUUAGACAUAGUUAACUGUUAAGUAUCGAUGUCUGUCAUGCGUCUUAGUCAGGUUUCGACAUGGUGUUGCAGCCUAACACCUUCUACUUCUGAUAAUGUGCUUUGAUUUGUGCCAAAGCACGCUUCUUCUUUUCA